AUGCUACCGGCGACCGGGAGCCCUGCAGCCGGUGAAAACCGGGUUGGCAAUACAAAACACUUGAUAUCUGUCGUGCGUGCUCACACAGUGCCGGCCGCCGGGUCCCGAUUCCAGUCAAGUCUGUGUCGUUUAUGGGACAAAAGCGGAGCAGAAUAUUCUGAUAAAAACAUUCGUGACAGAGCUUGGAUUGAGAUCGGGAUCGCCAUGUAUGAAGACUGGAACUGUGCAACACUGAAUGAAAGAGAUGACAGAGUAAAGGAGAUGAAGAACAAAUGGAGACACAUCCGGGACCACUUCUUCAGGGUUGUCAAUAAAGGGAAGAGUGGAGAUGCUGCUCCAAAGAAAAAAAAGAAAUAUAUAUAUGCAGAUUCUUUGAGUUUUUUGAUGAGUUAUGAAACUAAGCGACCAACUUCUGGUAACAUAGCAGCUACUGAAGACGAAAAUGUUGAUGAGCCACAAGAGAGCGAAGCUUCGGAGGAAGCGGAUGAAACAAGACCAGUGGAAGAAAGACCUGCUACGGAAAAAAAUACAGCUACAGACAAAAAUAUUAGAGAACCCGCUGUGAAGAAAAAAAAAUUAUCUGCUUUCCAAUCCGAACUAUUGAAGAAAUUGGAUACAUCGUCUGCAACCGAAGAGGAUGUAGACC